GCUACGUGUGUAAACAGCGCCGCGUUGAAGGAUACCUGGCUAUCAUUAAAUACACGUUUCUUGUCGCACUGAAAUAGGUUUUACACUUCGACAGCGUGUUUGUUAUUAUUUCCACGAGGUGGUGAUUUUUCAUUUAAAGCGGAGCUGCUGUGUUUUCUGAGCUAAAUCAUCUCUGACUGAAGUGAAGUUCUCUUUCUCUGGCUGUGGUUAGCAGCAGCACACAGACUUAGACACAACACUAAGCAAGUUUCAUAUAAUUACACCUACUAAAAGGAUAAAUCACAGUACUGACAGACAUCAUGAAUAAACGACAAGGUGAAGGAUGUCCACGGAAAAAUGCUGAUGCAGCACAGGAUGAGAGUGCCAACACAUGCUCACCUGUCAUGGCUGCUUUCAAAGUUUUCCAGCAGGAGCUUGACGUCAAACAUGAUAAAUACGAGCGCCUUGUUAAGCUCUCACGAGACAUCACCAUUGAAAGCAAGAGGACCAUUUUCCUCUUGCAUAGAGUGACCAGUGUCCCAGAUACAACAGAGAUUCUGAAAGAAGCGGAUACGAAACUAGACGGAGUCAGGCAGAAAAUUGGUCAAAUUGCUGAAGAGCUCAGGGGAGAGGACAUCCAUCAGUUUCACAGAGCUUAUACUCCAGGAAUCCAGGAGUAUGUGGAGGCCGUCUCUUUCCUGCACUACAUCCGUCAGCGCAGCCUCAUCAGCCUGGAGGAGAUCAAUGCCAGACUGGUGUUCAUGAGAUCAGAGAAGGAUGCAGCUGAAUCAGCUGGAGCUCAGGUCCUGACCUUCCAGGUGACGCCCUCAGACUAUCUUCUCGGUGUGGCUGACCUGACGGGAGAGCUGAUGCGCAUGUGCAUCAGCAGCGUGGGCAAUGGCGACAUCGACACGCCCUUUCAGCUGAGCCAGUUCCUGCGGCAGAUCCAUGACGGUUUCGCCUACAUUGGGAACACGGGCCCGUAUGAGGUUUCCAAGAAGCUGCACACGCUGCGACAGAGCCUGGGUAAGGUGGAGGACGCUUGCUACGCGCUGCGCGUCCGGGGCUCCGAGAUCCCCAAACACAUGUUGGCCGACGUGUUCUCCAGCAGGACCGCGCUCAUUGAUACUGAGGAAGGAGUGGUCUAGUCCUCCAUGGUUUGCACGGCGAUGUUUAUGUUUUGUAUGAUUUUCAUUGUCUCGUAUUUUGCUUUGCUCCAGUUUUACAGUUUGUAUGUAUUUUAAUGGGAUUUGUCAGAUGGUUGUGUGACAUUCCUGUUCAUUUUCAAUUUUGUUCAUACAAUAAAACAGUGUUACAUUACACAAAGGAUUUUUCCUCUUUCAUGGAUAUCCGAUGACUUCAGUUGUUUUGCAUGAAUAAAGGGUUUGUGCCAAAUAUGCCAUGA